GAAAAAACAAUAAAGCCUUUUUUAAAUCCAGAUUGAGCCUAAGCUUCCUAACUGAAAAUCUGAAAUCAUUCUAGUUUUGUGUUCAUUCGUGGCAAAUUUCCGCACGUGCCUUUGGUAGGAGACGGUGUCACCGACCUUUCUCUUUCUCUACGGCAAAAGCAUCGUGAAUCCUCGUCGGCGUGGUCGUCGAUAACCUGGGGGUUCCUUUCCAAUUCUAUAUUGCUAUAUCAAAUCGUGCUUGGCUCUGUAUUGUUCACUGUUUUAGGGAGGAGAGCUAGCAGAUGGUGGAAUCCUGAAACAUUUUUGAGUUAUGUGAAAAAUAAAGAUGAAACUGCAAGCACAUAUUCCGGGGGAGAUGUCAGGACAGGUACCUAAUCAAGCAGGGUCUCAAUUGUCUGGACUAGCCCAACUGAAUGGGAGUGCACUCUCUCAUCAGAUGCCACCUUUAGGUGGUGUACCCCGUUCAACAAUUAAUAUGGACCCUGAAUUGCUCAGAGCUCGCGCCUUUAUUCAAGAUAAGAUCUUUGAUAUGUUGUUGCAACGACAACAGCAGCCGGUUACAGAUUUACAGAGAAAGAAGCUUAAGGAUCUUGCAAAACGCUUGGAGGAGGGCAUGUUAAAAGCUGCUCUCUCUAAGGAGGAUUACAUGAACUUGGAUACACUAGAGAGUCGUUUAUCGAAUUUCCUUCGACGAGCAUCUAUGAAUAAUCACAACCAACAAUAUCCACAGCUUGUUAACUCUUCUCCAAUUGGUACAAUGAUACCAACCCCUGGUAUGUCACAUGUUCCAAAUUCAAGCAUGAUGGUUGCAUCUUCUAUGGAUGCCUCAAUGAUUUCUGCCAGCGGGUGUAAUAGCAUAGCAUCAACACCUUUCAAUAAUGUUAACAUGUUACCAGCUGGUAGUUUGCUUGGCAAUUCCUUAAAUAGAUUUGAUGGUUUGUCUAAUGGUUAUCAGCAGUCUUCUACCAGCUUUUCUGUUGCUUCGGGAGGUAACAUAUCAUCAAUGGGGGUGCAGAGAAUGGCUAGCCAGAUGAUUCCCACUCCUGGAUUCACAGUCAGCAGUAAUCACUCACACAUGAAUAUAGAUUCUAAUACUAAUGGAGGUGCCUUUUCCAGUGCAGAGUCUACUAUGGUACCACAGUCACAGCAGAAGCAGCAUGUUGGUGGACAAAAUAGUCAUGUAUUGCAGAACUUCAGCAGCCAAAUGGGUAGUGGAAUGAGAUCUGGUUUACUUCAGAAGCCAUUUACAAAUUCAAAUGGUGCAAUAAAUAGUGGGUCAGGCUUGAUUGGAAACAAUAUACAACUUGCACAUGAACCUGGCACUUCUGAGAACUUUGCCUCAACUUAUGCCAAUUCCCCUAAACACUUGCAGCAGCACUUUGAUCAAAAUCAGAAACCAGUAGUGCAGGGUGAUGGAUAUGGAAUGAAUAAUGUUGACACUUUUGCUUCUGGAAACUUGUAUACAUCUGCAACAUCCUCUGGGCCCAUGAUGAACAAUCAGAACACUAAUUCAGUCAAAUUGCCAUCAAUACCCAAAACUAGCUCAUUGAUAAGUGGUCACUCAAAUUUGCAUGGUAUGCAGCAGGCUGCUCAUAUAAAGUCUCAACCAAUUAAUCAGUUAGAGAAGUUGAAUUUCCAGUCUUCAUUGACUUCACGAGAUGGGCUUAUGCAUUCUCAACAGCAAUAUCAGCAAAGGACUCAACAAUUGCAACAGCCAGAUCAGUAUAUGCAGCAGCAAUUUCAAUCUAUGCAAAAUCAGCAGCCUCAGCAUGUAGUCAACAGUGAUGCUUUCGGUCAGUCUCAGCUUGCUUCCAAUCUAGAAAACCGAGUAAAGUCUGAACCUGGAAUUGAACACCAUAAAGAAGUGCUCAAUUCCCAUGUCUCUGAUCAGUUCCACAUGUCUGAGAUGCAGAGUCAGUUCCAGCAGAACUCAACUGAAGAUUGCUCAAGGGGCGGUCAACAUCUUCCAUUCCCAUCUGGUCACCGUGAUUUAUCAUCAGCAACACCUCAAAAUUCGCAACAAAUGUUGCACCCACAUCAAUUGGUUGCAGAGUCUCAAAAUAAUUUUAACUGUCUUGGAGUUGGCUCACAAUCCAAAUCUGUAAUUCUAAACCAAUGGCCUCAAUCACAAGAUUGUAACCACACACUUGACAGUAUUUCACAUGAUCAGCAUCUCCGCUUGGAUUUUCAUCAAAGAAUAUCUGGACAAGAUGAAGCUCAAUGCAAUAAUUUGUCAUCAGAUGGAUCUAUUAUUGGUCGGGCUGUUCUUUCUAGAGGCUCAGCUGAGCAGCUGGACUCAGGAAGUGCUAUCAAAAAGGCACACAGGAAUCAACAAAGGUGGCUUUUAUUUCUACUUCAUGCUCGACGGUGUUCUGCCCCUGAAGGACGAUGCAAAGAACGAUUUUGUUCUAUUGCACAGAAGUUAUGCAAGCACAUAGAUGGGUGCACCUUGCGCCAUUGUCCAUAUCCUCGUUGCCAUCAUACUAGGGUGUUGCUUCAUCAUUUCAUAAACUGCAAGGAUCCAUGUUGUCCUGUUUGUGUUUUUGUAAGAAAGUAUCGACGUGCAUUUCAAUUCAAGCCUCAGAUUCGUCCGGAACCUGAAUCAAGCUUGCCAACUGCAGUGAAUGGAUCCUGUAAACCUUACAAUACUGUAGGCACAUCACCGAGAUUGAUCACAAAGCCUCCAUUAGUUGUUGAAACUUCCGAGGACUUGCACCCAUCUGUAAAACGUAUAAAGAUUGAGCACAGCUCCCAGUCCAUUAAUCCUGAAAAUGACCAUUCUGCUUCAUCUUUUACUGCGAAUUGUGAAUCUCUUGUUUCCAGGGAUUCUCAGUCCCAACCCCAAGCCUAUCUGAAUGCUGAGAAGUCUAUUCCAAUUAAGUCUGAGCUUACAGAAGUUAAGGCUGAAGCUCCAGUGCAUGUAGUACAUGAAAAGCUUAGUGAGAUGAAAAUGGAUAACAAUAAUGCAGAUGUUAAAACACCUAGUGCUGAACCUGUCAAAUAUGAUGAACCUUCUAAUUUAGCUAGGCCUGAAAAUAUAAAAGCUGAGAAAGAAACUGGACAAGACAGGCAAGAAAAUGUUGGGCAGACAUCUGAAAAUGCAGCUGGCACCAAGUCUGGUAAGCCAAAAAUAAAGGGAGUCUCAUUGACCGAAUUAUUUACUCCAGAGCAAGUCAGGGAGCAUAUCACUGGUCUCAGGCAAUGGGUUGGCCAGAGCAAGUCAAAAGCAGAGAAGAAUCAAGCAAUGGAGCAUUCAAUGAGUGAGAACUCCUGCCAAUUGUGUGCUGUAGAGAAGCUUACCUUUGAACCACCACCUAUCUAUUGCACAACUUGUGGGGUUCGCAUUAAACGAAAUAACAUGUAUUAUACCACUGGCACUGGUGACACACGACAUUAUUUUUGUAUUCCAUGCUAUAAUGAUGCUCGUACAGAGAACAUCAUUGUUGAUGGGACUCCUAUUGCAAAGUCAAGAUUGGAAAAGAAGAAGAAUGAUGAGGAAACUGAAGAAUGGUGGGUUCAAUGUGAUAAAUGUGAAGCGUGGCAACAUCAAAUUUGUGCCUUAUUUAAUGGCAGAAGAAAUGAUGGUGGACAAGCUGAAUAUACUUGCCCUAACUGCUAUAUUCAAGAAGUAGAAAGAGGAGAGCGCAAGCCCUUACCCCAAAGUGCUCUACUUGGAGCCAAGGACUUGCCGAGAACUAUUCUUAGUGAUCACAUAGAGCAGCGGUUAUUUAGACGGCUAAAGCAAGAAAAACAAGAAAGGGCAAGGAUUCAAGGAAAAAGUUGUGAUGAGAUUCCUGGAGCUGAAGCUCUUGUUGUUAGAGUUGUGUCAUCUGUUGACAAAAAGUUAGAAGUGAAACCUCGGUUUCUGGAGAUUUUUCAGGAAGAAAAUUACCCAACAGAAUUUCCAUAUAAAUCGAAGGUCAUUUUGUUGUUUCAAAAGAUAGAAGGUGUGGAAGUUUGCCUAUUUGGCAUGUAUGUUCAAGAGUUUGGAUCUGAAUGUCAAUUUCCUAAUCAGCGCCGGGUGUAUCUUUCAUAUUUGGAUUCUGUGAAGUAUUUUAGGCCUGAGGUUAAAGCAGUGACAGGAGAGGCUCUUCGGACUUUUGUUUACCAUGAAAUUCUGAUUGGAUAUCUUGAAUAUUGCAAGAAACGUGGUUUUACAAGCUGCUAUAUAUGGGCCUGUCCUCCAUUAAAGGGUGAAGAUUAUAUUUUAUAUUGCCAUCCAGAAAUUCAGAAAACACCAAAAUCAGAUAAGCUACGUGAAUGGUAUCUAUCCAUGUUAAGAAAAGCUGCCAAGGAGAAUAUUGUGGUCGACCUCACCAACUUGUACGAUCAUUUCUUCAUAUCUACCGGUGAAUGUAGGGCUAAGGUUACUGCAGCAAGACUCCCAUAUUUUGAUGGUGACUACUGGCCUGGUGCUGCAGAGGAUUUGAUUUAUCAGCUUCGUCAAGAGGAAGAUGGAAGGAAACAAAAUAAGAAGGGAACAACUAAGAAAACUAUAACAAAAAGGGCUUUAAAAGCAUCUGGUCAGUCAGACCUUUCAGGAAAUGCCUCAAAGGACCUGCUCCUUAUGCACAAACUUGGUGAAACCAUUUGCCCGAUGAAGGAAGAUUUUAUUAUGGUUCAUUUGCAGCAUGCAUGUACUAGCUGUUGUAUUUUAAUGGUGUCUGGCAAACGUUGGGUUUGCAACCAGUGCAAGAAUUUUCAGAUUUGUGAUAAGUGUUAUGAUGCAGAACUAAAGCGUGAAGAGAGAGAAAGACAUCCCACUAAUCAGAGGGAGAAACAUACUCUUUAUCCAGUUGAAAUUACUGAUGUUCCAUCUGAUACGAAGGACAGAGAUGAUAUUCUUGAGAGUGAAUUCUUUGACACUAGACAAGCAUUUCUGAGUCUCUGCCAGGGGAAUCAUUACCAGUAUGAUACACUAAGGCGGGCAAAGCAUUCCUCAAUGAUGGUCCUUUAUCAUCUCCAUAAUCCAACAGCUCCCGCAUUUGUUACAACUUGCAAUAUAUGUUAUCUUGACAUAGAAACUGGUCAAGGAUGGCGCUGUGAAGUUUGCCCUGAGUAUGAUGUAUGCAAUGCUUGUUAUCAAAAGGGAGGUAUUGAUCAUCCUCAUAAGUUGACAAAUCAUCCAUCCAUGGUGGAUCGUGAUGCUCAGAACAAAGAAGCAAGGCAGCUUCGAGUAUUGCAG